CCUUACCUGGCAACCUCGUCUCGCGCCAAUGUAAACAUUACAAGAAGAGAGCGGGUGAAACAGUGAGAUAGCCCUGGCUAGCCUAACCAACUUUUAUGUUGUCACUUGUGCUAAGAUUGAUCUGCUCUCAGAUACGUAACAAGCUAACCAACAGAAACGCCCAAAAGAGUUUACAAAGGCCAUUUGAGUCGACCUUUCCUCCUGCCCUGACGGAGCCUAAACGAUGACAACAACCUGGCCAAUGGACCACUGCACGUUUGGAGCAAGAUCAUGAAUGACAAACUAGUCUUCUUGGGCCUGCUGUACUUUGUCCAGGGCAUCCCAUAUGGUCUCCAGUCUUCUCUGCUUCCAGUCUACCUGCGUGGAGCUGGCCACUCCCUGACACGCAUAGGCUUCACCAAGGUCCUUUAUUUCCCAUGGGUUCUCAAGGUACUUUGGGCCCCUUUGGUGGACAGGAUUGGCACUAAGCGCCGUUGGCUGGUGGCAACAGUCUCUGGACUGGCACUGACAUGUCUCGCCAGUUCAGCUCUCGCUCCGGAGAUGCACAUCUGGGGAGUAGCUGGAACCCUGCUAGCCAUGAAUACGCUGGCCUCAGUUCAAGAUAUUGCAGUGGAUGGAGCUGCAGUGGGGCUUUUGAAAGGUCGUGGGGAGCUUGGGCUUGGUAACACAGCCCAGGUUGUGGGCUAUAAAGCCGGAUCGGUGUUCGCUGGAGGCGGUCUGCUGGCUGUGAUUGAUGUGGCCGGGUGGAGCUGGAUGUUUAUGCUGCUUACGUUCGUGUACGCAGGUGUGGCCCUGUUUGUGUGGGGGGCUACUGUUUUGGAUGAGGAGCCUAUGAGGGGCCAACAGGCUGAUUGUAGUAAAAGAGCAGGACAUGGAACUGAUGCUUUGAUGCCAUGGAGGGUGUGGAGGAAGCUGCUGGCUGUCCCUGGCACGGCUUGGACCGUCCUCUACGUUCUCACAUACAAACUGGGCGAGCAGGGUGCAGUCACCAUGUUUCCCUUGUUUCUGUUGGAUAACCACAUGACCGCCAGGGAGCUUGGCUUCUGGAACGGCGUCAUCGCCAUGGGCUUCUCCAUCUGUGGCUCGUCACUGGGAGGCCUGCUGCUCGCUCAGUUCAGCAUCGGUGCGCUGAUGCGACGCGUUUUCGUCUUGCGGACCGUCAGUAUGGUCUUCCAGAGCUCCUUGCUCACUGUGUUGGAACCAUCGCCACUCAUGAAAGGUAUGGCCGUCUUGAGUAUGAGCGUUCAACAUUUCCUGGGCGGUCUGAUCACCACGCUCACUUUCACGACCAUGAUGCAUUGCACUCAGAGGGCCGAGGAGAGCAUUCAGGCAACUCACUACAGUUUCCUGGCAACUCUGGAAGUGUUGGGCAAGCUGACGUUCAGCGCUUUGGCCGGGGGUGUGGUGGAUUGGUUCGGCUUCCAAGCGGCCUUCUUCUUAUUCCUUACCCUCUCUGCUGGAACAGCGCUGCACGUGUAUACGGCUACUUUUACCGGUGCUCUCAGGGAACACCAACUCAAAGAGCAGCCCAAAUGAAUAUUAAGCUCUUGACUGUAAGAUGAUGUAAGUCCACGUAGUUUGAAAGACGUUUAAACCCUCUAUUCAUCAAGGUGCACGUCCACACACAAUGCGCACACAAAUGUAUUUCCUGGCUGGAGAGUAAUACUUUGCAGGGUGGGUUAAGAUGGCAGCAGGUGAAUGUGCCAAAGAAGCACCUAGGUUGUGUACCUGUGUUUUUGAGGACAUUGAUAGAAGCGCACAAAGUCUUAAAAUAACUUUAGACUGGCCAUAAAUACCAUGAAUACCAACUAUAAAUACGAAAGAAGAAGCUUCAUAGAGAAGGAUCAUAUCAUAUGAUCAUAUUUUAAGAUAUCGUGUGGAGCAAAGCACGAUGAAAUUUGAAUUUGACAACUUUUAAAUCCUCUGCAAAAUUUUAAUUUUCUUUGCAAUAAAUUUUUCAGUCUUAAAAUUUGCUGUAGUUUGAUGAAACCUGGGAGCAGGAGCCACCUCGUGUGAUGAGCGUAACGUUUUUGUGUGUUGGAGGUGGCAUGUAAGUCUUACUUGGCUCGCUGUGCUGACAGUUGAGCUCUAGAGCAUUAAAGGUAUGUUUAAUUAUGCCAUCAAUUUUAAUCUAAUAAGAGCUGUAAACAAAAGCAAUAUCACAAGUCCUCCAUGAGGUCCUCAAAGUAUGUCUAAUGUAUAUGGAUAUCGGUCUUUGUCUAGAAUUUUAGGGCUUACAGGCUUAGCCAAAACGCACGAGUACUACCUCGUAUGGACACACAAAAUGUGAACGCUGUAGCUGGGCUUAAGACUUACUCUUAAAUAACAGAUGCACAAUAUUAAGGCAGGAACCAUCAACCAGAGUUUUGUCGGUUGUCUAAAUUAGAAGAUGACAUUAAGGAGCAUUGCUUUUAGAAGAGGAGGUAUCAAAAUGGCCCCACUAUCAAUGUUAUUCAAGCUUCCUACCUGUAGCAAAGCUCAGCCUUACAGUGCUGCAUGGUGCCAUCACGUUUCAUUUUUUUCCUUGAAAAGAAAUGAAACGUAAAACGAAUAAACUGCAAUAAGACCGUUCUUUGAAACUUGAAAGACCGGCAUUUUGUAUCUGUCUGUGAUCAUGUUGAAGAAACGUGUGUGCUCUGUCAAGUACUGUAUCCUGUAUACUGUAACUCUCUUUGGCACUGUAUACAAGCAAUCCUGGUCAAGCUUAAAUCAUUAAGUGAAGAGUUUUUCCUUUGUAGAUUCCAGAACAAAUGCAAUUAUAUAUUACGUAAGUCUUAGGUAAAACCAGCAUUUCUUAAAAUGGCCACAUGCUUUUACAAAUCUAAUGGACAUCUACAAAUGAGUAUUAGGGCCAUGCUGGAAAAGAAAUCUAUGUAGAAAGUGUCAUAAUUACAAGAAAAAAUACUGUAAGGAUGUUGUAAUGUGACACAAUCUACUGUAUGUUCGUGAAUGUCGUCCAAAUUUACAAGUAUAAACAUAUCCUAUCUUGUUACACAGACAGCAACUAGUAAAUCAAUCAAUACCUUGGCACGUCAACUCCAUCAUCGGUUUGAUGUUUCAAAAAAUUGUGCAAAAGUGUCAUGUAAGUUAGUGGCUGCACUGUGAACGAGUGGUUAGCACAUCCGCUUCACAGAUCCGAUAUUGGGGGGUUCAAAUCGCCACUGUUUCGGAGUGUUUUCUUGUCAUUGUGGCUCGAAUAUUCCUUCGUAGAUGUUACACUUGACACACUAAUUACUGGUGUAGUUUAGUUAUCUGACGACAACGGCUAUUGCAAAGCACAUCUCUUAUCUUGUCUCCUGUGAGAUUUGCACUCAAAAUAAAGAUGCUGGGGGAAUUG